AUGCGCUUGUUCUGGUGGCAACAGCUGCCUCUGCUUUUACUGAUCCAACUUUUGGAACCCAGCAGAACAGGCUACAAAAUAUAUGCUGAAGCUCUACAAACUUUCAAGAGAAGAGUUGGAGGUCCUCAACUAUUCAAUGGUCAAAUCGGAAGAUAUCCAUGUCUAAGACAAUGGAAAAUUGUCAACUGCCAUAAGGACCAGUUUUCUGGUAUCUGUUCAGUUCCUCGGCGGGCUAACACAGUCAAUUUGUCCCCAUUUUCUCCAAGACUUGUUGUUGCACACUCUUCAAUUCAGUUACAAAAAGAGCUCCAUAAACCAAGAAACAGGAGGAUAGCAGCCAUAGUUGAUGGGGAUAAUGGUGCUCCAACACUCACACCUGUGAAAGAAGCACGUGGUAACAAUCCAAGAAAGCAGAAAGUUGCAGCAAUUAUUGGUGGAGUUGCUGCAGCUCUGCUUGUGGUUAUCAUAGUGGUGCUUGUUUACAUCUGUUUGAUGCGAGUGAAAAGAUUCAUUAGACGAACAUCAGAAACAGAGUCAUCCGUACCAUCACCUCCUGUUGAAUGGGAAAGAGGGAAUAUGUCUCCCUACGCCGUUGCUCUCUCUGUGUAUAAUACACAGAACUUGAGACAACUCACCGUAUUGGAACUGGAACAAGCGACAUGCAAUUUCAAUGAAAUUAAUAUCAUAGGCCAAUGUAGAUUUGGUUUGGUCUACAAGGGAUUGCUGCAAGAUGGAUCCAUUGUGGCUAUCAAGAGACGCCGACAUGCCCCAACUCAGUACUUCUUUCAUGAGGUGAAGCGCAUAGCUCAUGUCAACCACGUGCAUGUUCUCAGGCUUAUUGGUUAUUGUCAAGAUGCUAGUCAACAGUUACUUGUCUAUGAAUAUCUUCCAAAUGGGAAUGUUGGAAAUCAUCUUUAUGAUGCUGAAGGUUUACCUAUUGGAAAGUUGGGCAUAAGACAAAGGUUAUCAAUUGCCUUGGGAGCAGCUAAAGGACUUGCGCAUCUUCACAAUUUGGUGCCUCCUCUCCUGCACAUGUAUUUCAGGACAAGCAAUGUUCUACUGGAUGAAAACUUUACUGCCAAGGUGUCUGAUUAUGGACUAACCAAAUUGCUAGUUAAGGGCCAUCAUGCCGGAUCAUCGUCUGCCAUAGAUUACUUUCUUGACCCGGAGUUAGACUUAUCAAAGAAAUUUUCAGAGAAAAGUGAUGUGUACAGUUUUGGGGUCUUCUUACUGGAAUUGAUCAGUGGACGUGAGGCGAAUGGAAGAAUCCAGUUAAGCUCAGGGGAUAAUUUAAUACUGCAGGCGAAGGGUUGCAAUGAUUUGGGCAGAUUUGUUGAUAAAACAUUAGGUGAUAACUCAAUGCAAGCUGCAAAGCAAAUGAUGGAGUUGGCAUUGAUGUGCAUAGAUGCUAGUCAGCAAAGGCUGAAAAUGCAGAUUGUCGUUGAAGAGCUAGAACGAAUUCAUCGAGCGACCGAAAUUAGCCAAUUUCAUGUAGAAGUUGAUGAGGAGAUAGGUGCUGUGGCUCUUGGGAGUGAGCUUUUCAAAUGA